AUGGCCGCGGACGUUGUGCGAUUGAUUAAAAUCCAAAAAAUCAGCUCUCCCGCUAUUCUUGGUCACAGCAUGGGAGGCAAGACAGCAAUGACACUGGUGCAAAAAAACCUGGCCAGCGUCUCUAAACUGAUUGUCGCGGACAUAGCCCCUGUCCGCUAUACGCACUCGCACGAAGAGUUUGUGAGCGCAAUGCAGUGCGUUGAUUUUGGCCAGGUUGCUUCCCGUGGCGAUGUCGAUAAUCAGCUUACUAAAGAUAUUGCCAACAGCCAGGUCAGGCAGUUUCUGCUACAAAACCUCAAACGCGAGAGUGACGGUUACAGCUGGCGCAUCAACCUCGGCGCAAUUGCCGAGAAUAUGUCUGAGCUUUUGGACUAUCGUUGCAAGGAAGUGUGCAAUGUUGAAACACUGUUCGUCGCCGGCGCUUUGUCAUAUUACAUUACUGCGACCCAUCACAGUACGAUUCGACAUUUGUUCCCGUCAGCCUACAUUGAAUCUAUCAGCAAUGCCGGUCACUGGCUGCAUGCCGAGCAGCCGGCGCAAUUCGUUGAACUGGUCAACAGUUUUCUGCUCUAA